UGUAGCCAUACUAUUACUGUAUUUAUUUAAUGAGUUUUUUUGGUACUUAAUUGUAUCUGUGAAUUUUAUUAUUCACAACUCAACUCAAUGCAUGUAGACUAAAAGCUAGAGAAGAGACAAUGCAAUGUUUUAUCCAUAUCUGACAAAACGUUAACAGGUUGGGUACUAUCGGUCUAUGCCUAAUCUCGAGAUAAAAAAAAUCGACUGACGUCUCUUCCGAAGAUAGCCCAAUUUCCCAAAAUAGGUCAUAAUAGUCCAUCUAAUUGGGAUAUUAUGUUAUUAAUCAGAUUCAAGAUGGCGUCAUUUGAAUCCAAGGCUGUAAAACAGAGUAUCACUCCACAGGAAGUACAGAAGUUUUCAUUGCAGAGAUUAGAAAUAUCAGUCAAAAAAUUUAUCAAGGUCAUAACAAUAGACAUAGAUAGGCUACAGCAACACAGACUCAAUGUGGAAAAGUUUAACAGAAUCAGUGAUUGGAAUGCUCUUCACAGAGAGAACAUUAAUGCAACAAGAACAGUUCAACAAAUCAAGGCAAAUAUAAAGGAAAUUAAGAAGUUACGAAACCAGGUCUUGGAGGAAGAUAUUGAUAAAUUUGAUGACAGAACUGAACCAAUGGUGCAGCAGGCAAUUCAGACUCUUCAAGACUUUGUGAACUUAAACACAGAGUUAUCUCAGACUUGUGAUGACAGUGAAGUGUUCUUGGAAAGACACAGAACUGUGAGUGAAAAUGAGCUUGACAUCUCAGGAAUGGAACAAUUACAUCAGAUACCAGAUAACUCACAGGCAGAAGAAUCCUGGGAAAAUUUACAUGAAAGCUUAACUGAGCUAAAUUCCAUGGUACAUGAAUUUUCAAGUGCUGUUAAGACUCAACAAGAAACCAUUGAUAGAAUUGAAGACAACAUUGAUAAGGCACACAGUGAGGUUCAAAAGGGGGCAUUUGAAUUGGGAAAGGCUUCCAAGUUCAAGACCGCCGUUUUCCCGAUAGCAGGUGCUGUGAUUGGAACAGUGGUAGCAGGACCUGUCGGAUUGUUUGCUGGGGCCAAAAUUGGGGCUGCGUUGGGGUUGGGUAUUGGCGGAACAGCAGGAUUUUUUGGAGGUAAAUACCUGAAGAACAGACAAAACAAGGUGACAGAAGUAGAAAUGAGAAAUCUUAGUGUUAAAAAAUCUUCUUCACUCCCAGAUCUACAAGCAGCAUCACAGUCAACACAGAAAAAAGAGUCUUGGUUUUCUUUGAGAUGAUGUAGUCUGAUUGUACAGAUUUGGCUUUUGAAUGAACAGUUCAUGAGCUAUCAUAAGGAUUAUUAACAGCUGUUGCCUGUUUUACCAUCUUAACUUACCCAUUAUUUAAACCUACCAAUCCAUGUACCUUUAUCAUGUCUGGUCGCGAUGAUUACCAAAACAUAAGUUGUGUAUGAGGUGUCAUGCGAGUUUGAAAUGAACAUUAGCUCUAAAAGGGAUAUGGCAGCCAACAUUUUUCAGAUCUCUCAAAUCCAUCAGAAUUUCUAUACAUAAAAUUGUUCGUACAGAACCUAAAAAUACUUUAAAUAAAAUGUUUUAAUGUAAACAAAAAGUCUGGUAAAUGAUACACUUAUAUUUUGCAAGACAAGUGAUAUUAAUUUUUACCAAAUAAAAAAAGCUGUUUGAAUUAAUAAAGGGAAAGGAAAAGUAGUGCAUGUACAUAUGUAUACUAAAACAUUUCAGAAUUUGCACAAGAUAACUUUGUUGUUAUAAUUAAAAUAUAAUUACUGCUGUAUUGUGGAGUGAUAUUUUAAAGGAAUUUCUUUCUUAUUCCUGAUUUUAAAGUCAUAACACCAUUAUCUUAUUGUGAUUUUGAUAAUUUGCACAGUUAAUAUUGUUUAUCAUCUAACAAGAGAUUAUCAUUUCUGUGUUUCAUCCAUUCCAUUUACUAUUAAGAUUGCGGUAAUCUGGUUUACCACGAGUGUAAAAAAUGAAAAAAUACUAUCUCAACAAUAGUUCUUGUGACUGUACAUGUAUUAUUUGGUGAAUUUUUUAUGUAACUGUUAUUGCUAUUUAUUGUAUACAUUGUGAAAAUAGAUGAAAAAUAAAUUGCAUAGUGUU